CCCCCCUCCUGCCUCUUCCCACGUCCCCUUUCCUCCUUCCUCCUUCCUUCUUCUCUCUCUUUUACAUAGAUAAGGUAUUAUAAUUUGAGUUUAUAUAAGCUAGAGAAGAUGACUAUAUCGAUGGAGUACUACUACUCGAGCCGGGUAGUGGCCGGCUUCUUCCAAAAGGUGGCGCUCCUCCUAUCCUUUGUGGUGAGACGGGUGCUCCUUCCCUGCUACUGCUGGUGGUCCAGCAACGAAGAAAUUAGAGAAGGCGAUGAGGCCGGAGCGGAGCAGCACCGCAGGCGGCACCAUCAGCUGGCGGCGGCGCAGGCGGUGAGGGAGAGCCUCCAGGUGGCGACUUACGGGGAGGUGGCGGCGGCGGCGGCGGCAGCGGCGACGUGCGCGGUGUGCCUGAGCGAGGUGAGGAGGAAGGAUCGGGUGUGGGAGCUGCGAAACUGCUGCCACGUGUUUCACAAGGCGUGCCUGGACCGCUGGCUGGACCACGACGAGCACCUCACCUGCCCCCUCUGCCGGGCGCCGCUCCUCACGACGGUGUACCAGCCGGCCUCCUUCCCGCCGGCCCCGGCGGAGCCCAGCUGGGCCGUGGAGCGACUCCUCUACCUCUUCGGAGACGACCUCCUAUUUGCCCCGCCGUCGUAGCCCGUCUUUUUAUUAUUUUUAUUAUUUUUAUUCCUCUCCGCUGUCCUUUGGUCUUUUCCUUUGGGUAUACCGGUGGUCCUUGUGAUGGACGGUCUGGAUUUUUGGGGUGUAAGUAAAUACGGUGGAGUUACGUUAUAUGUAAGUAAUUUUAAGUUUUAUUAAGAUGUAACGGAGGUACUGUUUGUUGUAUACGCUGGAUUUCCUUAGAUAUACCGGGAGUCACGAGCACACUAGGCGGUGUUGGCGUGAAUGAAAUGGGAAGAAUAAUUGGGGCCUGGCGAUGGGCGCAAAGGAAUCGUAACACCGCCGCAAGCAUCGCAAUCAUGUGCGCGGUCCAUCCCAGAGUUAUCACAUAGAGAUUCGCGUUGGAGUUAUCAUUUAGAGAUUCGCGUUCGCGGAAUCUUCAUCUUAUCUCUAUUGUAUUUUUCUUUGCAAACACAUAAAAAGGACGAUGGACAGAAUUGACUCC